ACCAUGCUAAUCCAGCGCCAAUAUCGUCUGCAGUAUCUCCAACGUGACAUAAAUGCGCGGAACGAGAAAAAAAUGUCCGCGGAUCUGGCAAGCCUGUAUAUUACUUAAGCCAUGACUACAACUAAUGGUUAAAAAAAGUGAGGAAAUAGUAGAAUGUCGUUGCUUUGUGGUAUUAUUUGGUAAAGUAAUUUUUGGUUUUGUUGUAAGAACCCUGCAAGUUAUAAAGAAGAGGAUUAGCGGACCUACUAUUGGAGUAAGACAGUGUGGAAUUUGAAAUCCAUGUAAUUAUUGUUUUGAAAUUAAGUUGACUGCUAGUAAUUUAACCAAUCAUAUGUCAAGGUCAAGUCUAGCGCGUCUGUGUACAUUUCUUCGCGGUUUUUCGUUAACUGGUUUUUCUCGGCAAGUAGAGGCUUGUAAGUUUUAUGUUUAGUAAUGUCUCGUGAUAUUAGUAAAGAUAAUUUAAGAGAACAGUUUAAUUUACUUGGCGUAAAUGUUGGGGACGCCGUUUUAGAGAAAUGUGCGGAGCUGUGCGAAGCCCAUGGUGUGGACGAGGAGGAGCUGGUGGAGACAUGGAUGGCCUACAGUCUGUCGAAGCUCUCUGGGGCAGACCCCACCCUGGACAGCCUGCGGCAGAUGGCCCGCGCAUGCUUCAAGGCAGUGGCGCUUCCCACCUCCUCCCGGCCCCCUGCCACCGCCACCGCAUCGCCACUGGUCAUCUACAACGCCGUCUCCUCUGCCCCGACAAUGGAUGAUGAUAUUUUAAGUGCAUAUGACACCACUCCAAAGACAAAGGGUAAGUUCGCGGGAAGCACCGUUCGCACCCCGGACAAUGUGAAGGUGACUAACACGUCUCGCAGCCCCCGGGCCACUUUCUCUCCAGCCAGUUUCUCCCCAUCAGCUGGGAAUGUGUCUGCCAAGUACCUGCAACGCACGAAUGCCGGGGAUGUGGUGUUCUCGCACGGGGACACCAAGGGCAGAAGCUGGCGGCCGGCCGACGACUGCCGGCUGCGCCCGGCCAUCCAGCCGCUCGCCGGCGCCCCUCCUGUCCCCGCCGACGCCCGGUACAUGUUCCAGCAGAUGAGGGACGGGGCCGCAGUGCUGGACUACUCCGUGGACUGGCUGGGGUCACAACUCGUCACCAAGCACGACCUGGGCCACCCCACCCGCCUCGACUCCGCGUCACCGGAGCAAGUGUGGGUGGUGGGGCGAGUGUGCUGUGAUGGCACCGGCCGACUCAACCCCUGCUCCGUGAUGCUGGAGGGCUUGCGCUCCCUCAGCUCCGGCGUGGCCACGCCCUGCAACCUGCGCCUGCUGACCCGCUACUCGCUGUUCCCGGGCCAGGUGGUCGCCCUGCAGGCCACUAACCACAGUGGGGAGCAGCUCCUAGCCCACGCCCUCCACACCGACGUGACGCUCCCCCUCCCCACCAUCCCGCCCCGUCUCGGCCCCGCAGAGGAGCUGGAGCUGGUGGUCGCAGCCGGCCCCUUCACGCAGAUGGACACCCUCGGCUAUCAGCCCCUGGAGGAUUUGGUCGCCUACGUCCGCCUGCACCGCCCCCAUGUGUUGCUGCUGAUCGGACCCUUCAUCGACUGCAACCACGGCCUUGUGGCAGACGGCUCUCUUGCACAGACCUUCCAAUCCUUCUUCGACAAGUUGCUGGACGGCAUCCUGGAGCCCCUGGCAGAGAGUGGGACGCAGGUGGUGCUGGUGCCGUCUCCUAGGGACGCACACCACCACGCAGUCUACCCCUGCCCUCCAUACUCCUUGCGACGGCAGUACGCAGGCGUGCACCUGGCGUCAGACCCGUGCGUGCUGGACGUGCAGGGCGUUGUUGUGGCGGCCACCUCCGUCGACACGCUGCUGCAUCUGGGCAAAGAGGAGAUCUCCAUGCCGGCACAAAGCGGGGAUCGCCUGGGGCGUCUGGCAUCCCACGUGUUGGCCCAGCAAAGCUUCUACCCCCUGUACCCUUCAGACGAGUCACUGAGCGUGGACGCAGAGUUGUGGGAGCAGCACGCACGUUUGCCUGUGUCUCCGCACCUCCUGCUGCUGCCUUCAGACCUGCGCUUCUUUAUCAAGGAGCUAAGUGGCUGUGUUGUGGUAAACCCGGAACGCCUGGCUAAAGGCGUUGUGGGCGGCAGCUUCGCUCGACUGGUCGUCAGUGUGGUUGAGGAUCACACAAGCGUCUCCGGUGAAAUUGUUAAGAUCUAAUAAUACCAUGUUCCUGCCCAAGUCUGUUCAAUAAACUGUUAACUUACCACUCAAA